UUUGUGUAGGGAAAUUUUGCUUCCGCAAGCUUUUUUGACAUUGGUAGUGCGAGUGUUUUUCUUGUAUUUUUUGCCCUUAAAAGUGAUUUUACGCAUCCAGAAUGGCUCUUCGUGCACAAUUUGAGAAUAAGGAUGAUAUUGGUGUGUUCAGCAAGCUCACAAACGCCUAUUGUCUCGUGGCAAUUGGCGGAUCAGCAAAUUUUUACAGUGUCUUCGAGGCUGAACUGGCAGAUACAAUCCCAGUGGUGCAUGUAAGCAUAGCAGGAUGUCGUAUUAUCGGGCGUUUGACUGUGGGAAACAGACAUGGACUUUUGGUCCCCAAUUCAACAACAGAUGUGGAGCUUCAGCACCUCCGGAACAGUCUGCCAGACAGUGUCAAGAUUCAGCGAGUUGAGGAGAGAUUGUCCGCCCUGGGAAAUGUUAUAUCCUGCAAUGACUAUGUGGCUAUUGUUCAUCCAGAUUUGGACAAAGAAACACAAGAAAUUCUCGGAGAUACUCUCAAUGUUGAGGUUUUCCCGCAAAUUAUUGCCAAUAAUGUUCUCGUGGGGUCCUACACAGUGUUGAGUAAUCAGGGUGGACUGGUGCAUCCGAAGUCUACGAUAGCAGAGCAGGAUGAGCUUUCAUCGAUGCUGCAAGUACCAAUUGUGGCCGGCACAGUAAACCGAGGUAGUGAUGUCCUUGCAGCAGGUCUUACCGUUAAUGACUGGUGUGCUUUCUGCGGCAUGAGCACAACUUCUACAGAAGUUGCUGUUAUUGAGAGUGUCUUUAAGCUGAAUGAAGCCAAGCCAACAAAUGUGACCAGCGAAUUGCGAACAUCAAUCAUUGAGACAAUGUGGUAAAAUCUGUGAAGUCUCAUCUCUCUCCCUCUCGAUCAACAAGAAUCAACAAGAUUUAUCUUAAUUGUGAAACACCAUGAGAGAUCUUUUAAUUCAAAAAAAAAAAAUUAUAAAGAAAAAAAAUCCAUUACUUGUAGAAUCGUAAUGAAGAAAUAUAUUGAAAGAUAUACACUAAACAAA